GUGGAGGGAACAGGCUGCGGGGGCAGGGCAGACGAUGUCAGGGUUAUUUCGGCCCUGGCCCCUUAUUGCUCCUGGUGUUGGGUUACCCCGGCCCACGCCUGACGCGCAGCCCCAGCCUUCCUAGGGACCCGUCCCAGGCCCACUGCCCUACGGCUGCUCUCAGCAGACUCCCUCCCCCACUGGGGGGGCCGCUGCUGCGGCGGGGCAGGAAGGCCCCGGCUUGGGGACCGCAGCCCCUAGAGGGAAGGGACCAGCCAGAGGGGGGAGCCGAAGCUCCGUCACCCCCGCGGGGUCUCUCCUGACGGGCGAAGCCUGGCGCGGCCGAGGCUGCCCCCCUGCCGGGCGGAGGAGCAGGGCCACGCCGCGCUGCCGGCGAGUAGCGCGCGCACCUGCUGCUACUGGUCGCGCGGCCUCCUCCUCCGCCAGGCUUAGCAGGGGACCGGCCCCGCGCGCGCGGGUGAGUGAGUGGGGGAGGGGGUCACGCGGGGUUAUUUACGGCCUGGCUCUAAUUUCGGAAGCCCAAUAACAACAAACCCACAGGCGGGCACGUCUAAUGCGGAGACUCACCCUUCCCGCAGAGAGGCGCCGGCCCCUUUAAAAACACGCGAGGCCACGCCCACCCCCCCUCCUGAAAGGCCGGCCGCCAAUCGAGGGCGGGGACCCAGCCCGGGGUGCCGGCAGCCAAUGAGCAGGCCGCUUAGUGAGAGGCGGAGCAGCGGGACGGGGGAGAAGAUGGAGGCAGCAGCCGCAGAGCGGGGUCCGGCAGCUUCUGGCGGCGGCGUUGCCCCACUGGGGCCGCGGGCUGCGGCGGUGCCGGAGCGGCUGCAGCGGCGGGAGGCGGAGCGGCAGCGGGAAGCGGAGCGGCGGCGGCAGGAGAAGGCGGCCCAGGCGGUGCAGGAGGAGCAGAGCGGGUUCUUCGUGGCCGCCUUCUCCCGGGAGCGGGCGGCCAUCGAGGCGCUGCUGGGGCCCGGCCCGGGCCAGGCGGCGGAGGAGGAGGAGGAGGAGGAUGCGGCGGGCCGGCCCGAGUCGCUGGAGGAGGCGGCUGCCCGGCUGCAAGGGCUGCAGAAGCUCCUCACCGACAGCGUCCGCUUCCUGGCGCCGUACGAGGUGCGGCAGGCGCAGGAGGCGCUGAGCCGGCUCCAGGGGGCCCUGACGGCCAAGCGCCAGCAGCUGCAGCCCAAGAAGCGAUUCGCCUUCCGGGCCCGCAGGAAAGAGGCGGAGUCCGUCCCGCCGCGAGCCCCAGCCGGCCAGCUGCCCGCGGAGUCCGUCCCGCCGCGAGCCCUAGCCGGCCAGCUGCCCGCGGAGUCCGUCCCGCCGCGAGCCCUAGCCGGCCAGCUGCCCGCGGAGUCCGUCCCGCCGCGAGCCCUAGCCGGCCAGCUGCCCGCGGAGGGCGAAGGGAGCGGCCCCCCGCUGUGCGGCUUCAGCCAGGCCGAGGCCCAGACGCUGGAGCUCGGCCCCUCGGAGCUGCUGCAGCGCGACGUGCUCCUGGCCGACCUGAGCGACUGCCGCGUACUGCUCCGCGGCAACCCCAACACGCUCCGGGUACGGGACUGCCGGGGCUGCACCGUGCUCUGUGGGCCCGUCUCCACCUCGGUGCUGGUGGACGGGUGUAGUGACUGUCUCCUGGUCCUGGCUUGCCAGCAGCUCCGCACCCACCGCACCCGGGACACCCGGAUCUACGUGCAGGUGACCAGCCGGGCUAUCGUGGAGGACUGCAGUGGCGUCCGCUUCGCCCCCUACACCUGGAGCUACCCAGGCAUCGAGGGCGACUACGAGUCCUCCGGGCUGGACAGAGGUAGGAACAACUGGAACCUGGUGGAUGACUUUGACUGGCUGGCCAGAGAUGAGCCCUCGCCCAACUGGAGCGUGAUCCCUGAGCAGGACAGAAUCACCCAGUGGGACUGAAUGGAGGCUGCAAAGGAAACACUUGAAACUUGUGAUUGAUCAGCAGGUCCCAGCAUAGCUGCAAAUAAAACUAACUUUGAUUCAUUCUAAAACAACUUAAUCAAUAGCAGUUUGUGGGUCUUUAAAUGCUGAAUUAUAAUGUGGGAUUAAACUACUUGUUCUAAACUGCUAUAAAUUGAUGUGCUAUGCUAGAGGCUGGUAACCACUGCAGUAUCCCGGUGACAACUCUUUAGGGCUUCUGUGAUUUGUACACUGUUUCCCUGCUUACUGGCAGUGAGCCUCUAAAUAAAGGUAUGCUGCUGCUUGCUUGUUGUUCAACUGGAUAAAAUCUGAAUUGCCUUGUGGUAAUGUACAUUUCAGUGGACCAGGAAAUCUAAUGCUCAGACUCCUGAGUUCUAUAGCAUAUUACAAUCUACAACCCUGUCUUCACUAGUGUGUGUUCUUCAUGGUAGGUAAUGUGGUAAAAGUUUUUUAGAGAGGUGGAAUUUUUCCGUUGACCUAGUGCUGUCUACACUGGGGUUUAGGUUGAUUUAAAUUCACACUCCUGAGAGAUGUAGAUUCACACCCUUAAGCUAUGUAGUUAAAUCAGCCUAAAUUUUCAGCAUAUGCCAGGCCUAGGAUUUACUUUGGUCUGCUAACAUGGGUGAAAACCACAAAUUGCCUUGUCCUCCCUAGGCUUUUACAAUAUGUUAGCCACCAACCUAAGAACCUCCCUCUUUUCCUGGUGGGAGGCUAUAUUUAGUUGCCUAAAGGGGUUGAAUUGAUGUGAAAUGUUUGGGGAGGAGAUUGGUUUAGAGAGCUUCCUCUCCUCCUCCUUCCCCCCCCCCCCCAACAAAGAAUUUUAACUACAAACUCUUAAUCUAUUGUCUGUACUGAUAGCCUAUGCAACUUGCCUAUACAAAAGAGAAGGUGUUUACCAAAGUCUGUUUUGGUGAAGAUGUGGCAGUAGCCCUUCAGAAAGCACUCCACAGGAAUAAGCAUUAUGUACUUAAAUUAGAAAACAACAUGGAAUAGUCUGCAAGCCUUUGUCCUUUAGUUUUUUAAAAAACUAUACAGGAACUUCCCUUGAAAGUGCUCAUUGUGUUUACAAGUAGGACAGAUGGUAUAAGGGUGUGGAAAUUUGAAACAACUGCCUUGUUCAAAAGUCAUUCCAUUGUAACAUCUCUAAUCUAAAAUAUUAGUGUAGAUAAAUAUAAACACUGCCUUGCCUACUUGGGGGGGAAAAAAACCUAUGCUCUCCGGGCUGAAGUGCAAUGUUUUAAAACAUCAAACACAUUCAUAAUCACUGUAAAGCAGUGUCUAGUUGAAGGUAUUCUUGACUGUUUUUCAAGAACAAAUAUAGUCUCACCAAUUCACUGUUUCCUUUCCAGAAUAAAGUUGUUACCCUCUUUCAUUUACAAUUUGGGUUUGGGGGUAUUUUCACAACUUUGCAGUUUUGUUUACUUGUACUAACUUACAUCUUCUGGCUCACAGUUUCAAGUAUAAUACCAUGAAUGUACUUUAGCAACUGUAUUUAACUCAGUCCUUCUUUUGUCUAAUUUUCUGCUGAUGUGAAAACUUUUGGCAGUCUAAUAAAUAUGUUCAAAGAAAAUA